UUGGUCAUAAGUAAGAAAACAGAUUUUAUUUUACAUUUUCCGUUGGUAACUCAUUGAACAACAAUGCAUUACUUUCAUAUUUACGUUCUGUGCAGAUUAAAGGCACAAAAGUCUCCAAAACAAGGUAAAGAAGACUUAAAUUCAACUAUACCGCUGACAUAAAGAAAUAUUUUCUUGUGCAUAAUACUAUUUUUUAUUGUAUUGUCCUAGUAUUUGGACAGGAAGAGGAAUUUUGGGACUCUGAUGAGUUUGUAAGUAAAAAACUACAAACUAUUAUCAAAUUGGGCAUUUUUAUUAAUACAAAGUAUUAUUGUUAUUCAAAUUAAAUUAAAAUGUUCCUUAACAUGCAACAUACUCAUUACUUGCGUCACCGGUCUGUGCUUUGGUUAGGACAAUGAAAGUGAUAAUGAUUAUGAGAGUCCAGAACAGGAAGACAAUGGCUACAUCUGUGCCCUGACUGAGCCACAAACAGCCGAGCAACAAGACAGUGACGAGUACAAUGACGGCGACUACAAGUGGUCUGCCUCUGUAGACACAAUGAAGCCACCUCGGCACCCAACUAAAACCAGAGGUAACAGAACGUAAUCAAGACAAGAGUGCUGUGCACAAAAAUGCAAUCAUAUGAAGAAAAUCUCAGUAUAUAAGCUGCUUUUGUAUGCUUUGAAAGCAGAAUUGGUGUUCAUGUUUCCUGACUUAUUUACUACGUGUGUACCGUAUAUGAGAAGAUCCAUCUCCUGCUCAAAGGACCUCAAAACUUCCACUUCCUCACCCACCAAGAAACCCUGCCCCUCAGAGGCAGUUUCAUGAAUUUUCCCAUUCAAUGACACCAGCCAGCCAGCCCGAUCUCCACUUAGAGAGGAGCAGGAAGCCUGGACAACCUGGCCCAUCUCUGAAAGACCUGCCAAAAUCAAGUAUGUGCUGCUUAUUAUAUUGCGUUAUCAUGUCUCAAGUUACUUCCACAUUUCUAUUUCACACUUUCCAUAAUCUCCACAAGAGGGCAGCACUCUCAAGCCUUGUGGCUCAUACACCAGAAAGGUCCUUACACCAAGGAUUCCCAGAUGCAAAGACGUGUCUAGCAGGUGGGCCAAUCUAAACAAUUUUAGAGUAUAGCAAGCACUUCAUUAUGGGUAAUGCUGUUAUUUAAGUUUUUUUCAAUAACGUUCUGUUACAUUUCUCCCGUCCCAGAGCAAGUAAACUCCUUCCACCGACUCCAGUGCCAACACAACCUGCACCUGAUAACAAUUCAAUCCCAGGAUCAAAACAGGCUUUGGAUCCCAGCUGGUAUGCAGGAAAGGUGACCAGACAUCAAGCUGAAGUCAAUCUCAGAGAGAUGAACAAGGAUGGGGCAUUUGUAGUGAGGGACAGCACAACAGGCUCUGCGGAACACCCCUACACCCUGAUGCUGCUGAAACAAGGCAAAGUUUACAACAUUCAGAUCCGUAACCACAUGGACUCCUACUCCCUCGGCACUGGCCUCCACAACACCAAGAGUUUCCCUGGGGUGAAGGAGAUGAUUACCCAUCACACACACACACCGCUGCUGCUCAUUGAUGCCACAGACCAGAACUAUGAAGCGCAGAGCCAAUGUUGUCUGCUGCACCCUGCGGGACUCUGACCAGCACCAACAGCGGGCUUAACGUGGGUGUUUUCUGUAUGCUAAUUUGUGCAUAUGUAUACGUGUGGCCUGCUCAGAGGCCUUUCUAAGAACAGCCGAAGAAACGACAUAAUUUUCACCAUCCCAAAGGUCACUGUUGUGUAACUCCUUUUUCUUGGUACAUUCACUUUAAUUUUUCGUAAACAGAAUUAAAAAAAAAAGAAUGAUUUCUACAUUGUUGGUGAUUUGUAUAUUUCAUUAAACUAUG